GGAUGGGAGAUGGAGGUGGAGGGAGAUGAGGCUCAAUGUGGGGAGAGGGCAACCCUGCAGGGACUGCAGCCCCCGAAUUCACUGACCGUUGUCACUGUCCUCCCCCAACCUUCAGGUACAUGGUGCGGGUCCGAGCCGUGGUGAUGGCCCGAGAUGACUCCAGUGGGGGCUGGCUGCCUGUGGGGGGCGGGGGCCUCAGCCAGGUGAGCGUUUGUCGGGUCCGAGGGGCCAGGCCCGAGGGGGGGGCCCGCCAGGGGCACUACGUCAUCCACGGGGAGCGCCUCCGGGACCAGAAAACUACCUUGGAGUGUCCCUUGAGGCCAGGCCUGGUGUACAACAAGGUGAACCCCAUCUUCCACCACUGGAGCCUGGGUGACUGCAAGUUUGGGCUGACAUUCCAGAGUCCCGCAGAGGCUGAUGAGUUCCAAAAGAGCCUGUUGGCCGCGCUGGCAGCGCUUGGUCGAGGCUCACUCACCCCUUCCUGUUCCUCCUCCUCCUCCUCCCCCUCCCAGGACACUGCAGAGACGCCCUGCCCGCUGACGUCCCACGUGGACAGCGACUCCUCCUCCAGUCACAGUCGCCAGGAGACGCCUCCCACCACCGCCUCGGCCGCCCCCAUCGUCACCGUGGAGUCAGCUUCUGCCUUCGGGCCAGCCACGCCUCCCCAGCGCCGCUGCUCCUCCGCUCAGAGCUACCCUCCACUUGUACCAUUCACUGGGAUUCCAGACCCCUCCGAGGCCCUGGCCGCGGCAGGGGGCACAGGCUGGGGUGGCCGCGGUGGCUAUGAGGAUUACAGGCGUUCGGGGCCGCCCGUGCCUCUCGCCCUGUCCACCUGCAUCGUGCGCUUCCCCAAGAGCGGUGCGUUGAGGGGUGCAGCCCUGGGGCCGCCAGCAGCACUUCCCGUUCCUCUGACCGAGGCUGCGCCCCCAACACCCCCAGCACGUCCCCCGCCGGGCCCCGGCCCCGCCCCUGCGCCGGCCAAAGCCUCCCCGGAGGCGGAGGAGGCAGCCCGCUGCGUGCACUGCCGGGCCCUCUUCCGCCGCCGUGCUGACGGCCGUGGUGGCCGCUGCGCCGAGGCCCCAGAUCCAGGUCGUCUUCUGGUGCGCCGGCUCAGCUGCCUGUGGUGCGCCGAGAGCUUGCUCUACCACUGCCUGUCGGACGCCGAGGGCGACUUCUCGGACCCGUGUGCCUGCGAGCCGGGCCAUCCGCGCCCCGCCGCGCGUUGGGCCGCACUGGCCGCGCUCUCCUUGGCGGUGCCCUGCCUCUGCUGCUAUGCGCCCCUGCGCGCCUGCCACUGGGUAGCAGCGCGAUGUGGCUGCGCUGGCUGCGGGGGUCGUCACGAGGAGGCUGCACGGUGAGGAAGGUCCGGGAACCGGACCCAGGACCUAGAGGUGAGGGUCCAGGACCCCGGACUCAGUUUGAACCUAAACUUCAGACCUAGGCACAUCCGGAGAACUUGGAGCUUGAGAGAGAUCCCAGACCCGGAACCUGGAACCCAAACCUAGGAUGGUACGGCUCCAGACCCAGCUUCUUUGGGGUAUCUGUCCACGAGGUCCCAGGCAUCCUGAAUUCUGGCGGUCUCCAUCCCUCCUUUCCCCACCCCCUGUACUCGUCCCCUCCCCCCCCGCACCCCUUCCACCCCAAGAGACUUUUGGGAUCUCCAGAGAGCAUCAGAGAGGUGGAUGUGAAGGUAACCGAGACCCACAGGGCCCUGGAACCCCUGACUCCUUGUCCAAAUGACCUACCAGCCCCUCGAUUACGCCCCUAGAAUUAGCAAUUGGCAACCCCUGACCCUGCUCUUGUCCAAUUACUCCCAGAUCUCAAGACAGUACCCUUU